GUGGUAAGCAUAAAUGUGAGAUUCGGAGAGGAUAAGGAAGAGGUGAAGGCCGUUCCAUCACGGUUUCACUUCACCAAAACAAGAACCAAAUUCCAACCUUCAUCACCAUUCAAAUGGAUAUUCACAAACACAUUUCAAUACCAAGUUUUACAUCUCAUCGUUUCACUUCAAGAAACCAAACCUUAUCAUCUCCUUCUUUCUCUUCCUAUUUCCCCAACAAGUUUGUCUGUUCCAAAAGAGACGAAUCUCAGAGAAACAGCGAUAACAAGGGUGAUAAGUCUUCAACGGAUUGGGACAAAGCAUGGUCAAAGUUCAAGAAGCAAGGGAAGAAAACUCUAUUUUCAAAUUUUUCUGCUGAUAAGUAUGUGAGUUGGAAUCCUAGGCGUUCAGAUUUCCCACUUUCUGAGGAGGUUGAUCCUAUAAAGAGAACAGAAAGAUCAAACCUCAAGUUCUGGAAUAGUCCUACUUUUACUCUAGGUGGUGCACUUAUUAUUCUCAUUUUUCUUUUGUUGUAUACCCUUCAGGCACCGAUCAACAAGUAAUUCAUUCAACUAUACAAUUUGAAUGUGUGAAAUAUUUGUCUCACACAAAAUGCAUAUUUGUAAUUGAUGUCUUCUCCCGUUUCUGUUUU